GACAGAUUUUGGCUUGUGGGUGCUCUUUAGCAAUCCUAACUGGAACCUCACACCAAAAGACACCAUGAUGGUGAUGACUGACGUCACUGCAGCCCCCGGAUUGGGGUCAACUGCCACCACUCCAGCUGUGGCUCCCAACUUCUCCUGGAUGCCAGAGGAUGGCAGCCCCACGGCUGUGGAGCAGCCAAUAUUCCUCAUGACCACUGCUGCUCAGGCAAUCUCAGGUUUCUUUGUAUGGACAGCUUUGCUCAUCACCUGCCAUCAGAUCUACAUGCACCUUCGCUGCUACAGCUGCCCAAAUGAACAGCGCUACAUUGUUCGGAUCCUCUUCAUUGUGCCCAUUUAUGCCUUUGACUCAUGGCUCAGUCUGCUGUUCUUCACCAAUGACCAGUACUAUGUUUACUUUGGCACAGUGCGGGACUGCUAUGAAGCCUUUGUAAUAUACAACUUUCUCAGCCUCUGCUAUGAGUACUUGGGAGGGGAGAGCUCCAUCAUGUCUGAGAUCAGAGGGAAACCAAUUGAGUCCAGCUGUGUAUAUGGGACUUGCUGCCUGUGGGGAAAAACCUAUUCUAUUGGAUUCCUGAGGUUCUGCAAACAGGCUACCCUGCAGUUCUGUGUGGUGAAGCCCCUCAUGGCAAUCAGCACAGUCAUCCUUCAGGCCUUUGGCAAGUACCAGGAUGGUGACUUUGAUGUAACCAGUGGCUACCUCUAUGUGACGAUCAUCUACAACAUCUCUGUCAGCCUGGCACUGUAUGCCCUGUUCCUUUUCUACUUUGCCACACGUGAACUGCUUAGUCCCUAUAGCCCAGUCCUGAAGUUCUUCAUGGUGAAGUCUGUCAUCUUCCUGUCCUUCUGGCAAGGGAUGCUGUUGGCCAUCUUGGAAAAGUGUGGUGCCAUCCCCAAAAUCCACUCUGCCAAUGUGUUUGUGGGUGAAGGCACAGUAGCUGCUGGAUAUCAGGACUUCAUCAUUUGUGUAGAGAUGUUCUUUGCAGCCAUCGCCCUGCGCCAUGCCUUCACGUACAAGGUGUACGUGGACAAGAGACUUGAUGCCCAAGCUGUUCCAUCAUAUGGACCAUACGGUCGCUGUGCUCCCAUGAAGAGCAUCUCCAGCAGCCUCAAGGAGACCAUGAACCCCCACGACAUUGUCCAAGAUGCGAUCCACAACUUCUCCCCAGCCUACCAGCAGUACACCCAGCAGUCAACGCUGGAGCAUGGUCCCCCCUGGCGCAAUGGUAGCCACGUUAUCUCGCGUUCCCACAGCUGCUCGGGUGCCCGUGACAACGAGAAGACCCUCUUGCUGAGCUCCGACGAUGAAUUCUAGUAGGGGAAGCUGCUGGCACAGGCUGUCAUUUUUCUUCUGUUGAUUUGGUGGUUCCUUUUUAAUUUAUUGAAGCAGAAACAAGUCAUAUCACUUCCUAGAGAGUGCAGAUUGCAGAAAUGGGCACUUCCCAUUAGCUUUUGUGGGCAUGGACACGAUGAGUGGUGCGGAGGUGGGGGAAUGGCCAAGACUCUGUUCUCGAGCCCAUUCCUUACAGCAGCAAUUGACUGGAAUCCAUUGAAGCAAAGCUCCAGGGUUUAGGGCUCUGGCAUCCCACGCCUGCCCAGCUUGGUGUGGACUGUGACUGGCCAGAGCCUGGAGUUGUGGCCAAAAACGUUUUUGUGUUUUUUUCCAGCUGGAUAACCUGACCUGUAUUCCUCUUCCUGAAUGGUUGAUGUAGGCACAGUUUUCUCCCCCAGCUCCCUGGUACUAACGCCUCUGUGAUCCUUGGGAAGUGCGAUCAGGAUGCAGCGAUAAGCAUUCCUGAGGACCACACCAGACACUGGUCUCUCUGUAGUCAUUGCCUUGAAUGCUUAGAAAGGAACAUCUGCCCUCACCCACUACUCACCUGGUUGUGCAGUCCUGUACUUGAGUGAGCAGGGGAUUAAAAAGACUUUUGUCCUGUUCCUCUGCACCCUGCAUCUCCCCUGCUCCCCGUCAAAGCUGAUACAUGUUGAAGCUCAGCAGGGAUGGAAUUGCUGUAUCACAAUGGCAGGGUUUUCUAAUCGCCAGGUGUCUAAGCUUUCCAUCUCACCUGCAUUCUUCUCUGAUUCUAUGAUUCUGGUGGCAAGAAGCCUCCCUGGAGCAUCUGUCUUCUACUGACAAGACUGAGGAUUGGCUGUGAUAGCUGGUGGAAAUCUGUAGAGCUCUGGUCCUUUCAUCCUUCUUUGGGAAAGGAAGAUACGUAAACACUAGAACCCUUUUUCUUCUUGUUUCCUGUCCCCCACUGACCUAGCUGCCCCUCUUAAAGGUGUGGGUUGCACCAGGUAGCUGCCCAAGCAGGUCCUGGUCUUGCAAGUAGCUCUCCCUGCACUGGUCAUCACUGACUUCCCCUUUGAGCUGCACAGGUUUUGCCCUUAGGCUGGAAGGGAUGUUGUACACUCCUUUGCUUUUUAUCUCCAUAGCUGUUCCAGGCCAAACUGGAGCAGACUUGAAACCUGACAUGAUCUCUCUGGUUCAAGUUAUCCCUCAUAGUUUUCCAAGCAGCAGUUUCUCCUGCACAUUUCACAGGCCCUUCAGCAACUGCAUUGUUACCAAGGAUGGACCCAGAAUCCAUGAGAGUGGGAAAAGAAGCUUCCCCUUGCUUUUGUUGGGUUUUUGGUUUGGCCCCUAGGUAUUUAGUGGAGCCAAAUAAAAACAAAAUGAUCCCUCUGUAGAUCUAUCCAGGGACCAGGAAAUGACUCUUGCUCGCUUAAAAUUGUCUACGGUAGGAGCAGGGAAGCACGCUCAAGUACUGUGGAUCAAAUGCCCCGUACCCUCAUGCAGGAAGCAAAUGGAGGGGUUGGAGCAAGCUUCUGUGUUCUUGGCUGCAGUUUCUCUGUUCCUCUCCUGCUUGAUGCCUACCGUGCUGUCAGCAGACCUGUGCAUUCCCAGAUUGCCCCCCAUUGCUCUGCUGGGAGAACAGGGGGUUUACCAGCUGGAGUUCACCUUUCCUCUUGUAUCCUAAUCUAUGUGCUUGAUUCACUUUCUCAGAAGCAAUUGUGAGCAAAGAGCACCUCAUUUCCUCAGCACCCCUGCCAGAAGCCUGCAGUCAGGAGCAGGAGGAGAAAGGCUUGAAGAGAGGGAGGUUUGCUCCCUGCCAUGAGGAUAGGAUAGGGGAAGGCCUAAGGACAAUGUCAGGGCAGUGUCUCCUUCUCCACUCGUGUCUGGGAGGGUGGUGAAGCAGGUGGGGGCAGCGAUGCUGACUGUUGAAGCAGGACCAGUGGAUCCAGCAGCUUCUCUGCUGCUGGAGUUCCCCAUGUGCACACCUCCUGUGAUGCCAUGCAGUUUGUUACUGCGUUUCCUAAACCUGUCACUGGUUAAAAGGGCACACAAAUGCUGGCUGCCAAGCUCCACGUGGGCUUGAUGUAAAACUCCUUCUCCUCACACCUGGAAAGCAGGACUGAAGAUUGAAUGGGCUUUCCUAAUAUCUUCCAUGGUUCUGAUUAACAGCCCUUUAGGGUGAGUCUCUCUUAGGAAAGCGGGGCGUGGGACACGAUCCCUUCCUCCCCUCCCCUUGCAUUUGCAGGCCUUGAUGAUGUCCCAGUGUCACUUCAUUGGUGAUUGUCCCCAGUCUUUGUUGCAUCAGGUGGCCGAGUUCUGAACUCUCUGGGGUUGCCCCUUUGAGUUUGAAGGUGAUCCAGGCUUGGGGAAGCUUUUUAUUACUAUUAUUUUUAGAGAUUUUGAACUGUAUGCUGCAUACACAUGCUGCAGAGGAUCUGGGUAUUUUUGAAGCUUCCUGUGUGUAGUGGUUUCAAGUAGAACCCUUUUGCACUAGUUGCCUUUGGAGAGACCUGGUGAAAAACUAGUGCCCAAACAACAGUCAGCUGCCAUGUGUUAUAGUUUUAUAUACAUAGGUAUUUUUUGACACCACACAAAAUCAUCUCUGAGCUUCCUGCUCUCCCUCACCACAGGCACGUGCCAGAGCAAGGACUGGCUCCGACGCUGCUCUGACUUGGAGGAGCAAGUAGAAGACCCGGAGUUUGAGACCAAGGUGGCCAAGGCAUCCAUGGUCUUUCAGGUCUGCUUGCAGUAGCCCAGGGCCCCAACAAAUCUGUUGGUUCCAGGAAUAAGCCCUUGGAGCUGCUGUCCCUCACCUGCUUCCCCUCUCCUUCCUUCCUUCCUUUUUUGUUUACCAUGUAACAUAGCCAUGGGAUUUGUUUAUUAUUUUUCCAUAUAGAGUAGUUCUUUGUAUAUAAAUGACUGAAAAAAAAAAAGUAUGAUAAAUAAGACAGAGUCACCUAGUUUUGUACCUAUUGUGUUUAACUGAUGUGAGCUCAGCGACAAGCCGCUCUCUCUAUUUUGGUCUUUGUGACAUUAUACUCUGCAGAAAUGAGCAAAUAUGAUGACAAAUAAAAAUAUAGAGAUAAUAUAGAUUGUA